CCUCCAAGGAACCACAGCCACGGAGGUCAAAACCUGGGUCAAGAACAGAAUCAACUUGACCAUGGCUGGGCUGGGGCUGCCCACCAUCUCCAAAGAAGGACUGGGUGUGCUGCUCCUGAUUCUCUCAGCUGGUGAAAUGGUCCUGGGAGCCCAAACAAUUGAUGGUGAAAUUGCCCCUGACUCUAGAGGGAACUUGUGCCAAAAGCUCCGGCAGUAUCCUCGUUUUGUAGCCAAAAAGAGGGACCGCAGCUUUGAAGUGACCUGUCGGGUAAAUAAUCUAAAAGUUGUGACUUGGCGGCUGAAACAGGAGUCAGACUCCAAACCGAUGGUCCUAAUGCCGGACAAUGACCGGAUACUGCAGCAUACCAAUGGCACUCUUGCUACUCUCACCAUCCCAAAGAUACAAUUUGAGGACAAUGGCAUCUAUUACUGUGAACAAGCAUGCACAGAGAAUUCUGAAAAGAUCUCCCGUGGCUGUGGCACUGAGCUCCGUGUCAUGGGAUACAGCACCAUGGCUCAGCUGAAGCGGAGGAAUACUCUGAAAGAUGCGAUCAUUAUGAUACAGACACUGCUCAUCAUUAUCUUCAUCACCGUCCCUAUCUUCCUACUGUUGGAUAAGGACGACAGCAAGGUGGCGUUAGAGGAUGAUCACACCUAUGAGGGUCUGGAAAUUGACCAAACAGCCACCUACGAAGACAUUGUGACGCUUCGGACAGGAGAAGUGAAAUGGUCAGUGGGGGAGCACCCGGGCCAGGAGUGAAGGGCUCCCCAACCUGGCAAUCCUGUCUAUGCCCCCCAUUCUUCCAUGAACCUCCUGGAGAUGGAUCAUCCAGCAACUCAGCUUCACGGACCUAUUCUGGUUUCCAGCCUGUUACUCCUUUCUCCUCUUCCCAUAACUGUCCUGCCUCCAGGUUAACUGGCCCACUUCUGCCUUCCUACCUCCAAUCCCACUUGACUCACAACAUCUUCAGAGGGAUGGAGGCCUGCAGGGCUUGAGAGAGCACAGGUUAUGGGGAAGUUGUCUCCCUAAGGCUCUUUGGAGUUGGCCUUGUGCAGCUUGGCUGCGGCAGGGGUGGAGGUGGGGAGAAGUAGAUAGAGCAGAGAAAGACUCAGCCUUGGUGGGGAGAGGGGAGGUAAGACAAACGAAAACAGAUUUGGAGUCUGGUGGGAAAAAACGGAAAUGAACCUGUAAAACUGACUCAGACUGGCCUAUGAAACCAGGCCGUACUUGGACCCUUACAGCACCACUCCUCCAGCCCCGAUGUAAGCAAGGCCCAGGAUAGGCUCUGAACACUUGACUGGCCAACUGAUUCAAUCUAAAUUAGGGGUUGUGGAGAUAUAUCCCUUUCUCCCAUCUCCCAGGGUCCUAUUGGGCCCUUCCUGGUCUCCUGUGCAUAACUCCUGAUAUAAUAAACUGUGUGGUUUGAAAAACACAUGAGAACUUGAAAAAUCUCAUGGAUAUGCCCCCCCCCACACACACACACACACUUUCUGCAUGUGCAUUUGUUUUUGCCUACAAGGGUCUGCUUGUA